CAGCUGGGCAGCGGGCAGUGAGAGCCGUGGGCAGGCGUCCGAGCGUCUCCGCGGCGGGGGCGUGCGAGAUACUUGUGGAAACUGAUGGGCUCAAAGUUGAACGAACAUCCAAAGAAGAACAGGUUCUUCAACAACAUUCUUUUGAAAAUAACUUGCUGCCACGAUGUCAGUCUACACGGCACAUGGUAGAAACAGCAGGGAUGUCUCCGGUGCUUUUUCUUCCCCAAAGAGUCCAUCACUGAGCGACCUCAGCCACGACAGCAGCCUUAAGCUGCAUUUGAAGUCGGAUAUGUCAGAACGUGAAAACGAUGACCCCUUACUGAGAUCUGCGAGGAAAAUCAGAGACAUAAAUUGCACUUAUGUUAUUUCUGCUUGUAAAGCACCUGGAGAUACGCCCCUGACCCCUAACCCUACGGGUAGAUUGACCCUUCAGAGAAGAGUUACAAGGAACAAAGAGUCAUCGUUACUUGGUAGCAAGGUGGGAGAGUCACCUGAAAAAGUGACAGAAACACGUCUUACAUUACAACGUCGUGCUAGAACAGGCUCUGUGGACAAGCAGACAACCACUGGCACAGGCUCUGUGGAUAAGUGGCCAACGGCUAGAACAGGCUCUGUGGACAGGUGGACAACCACUGGCACAGGCUCUGUGGACAAGCAGACAACAGCUGGCACAGGCUCUGUGGACAAGCGGACAACAGCUGGCACAGACUCUGUGGACAGGUGGACAACAGCUGGCACAGGCUCUGUGGACAAGCGGACAACAGCUGGCACAGGCUCUGUGGACAAGCGGACAACCACUGGCACAGGCUCUGUGGACAAGCGGACAACCGCUGGCACAGGCUCUGUGGACAAGCGGACAACCGCUGGCACAGGCUCUGUGGACAGGUGGACAACCACUGGCACAGGCUCUUUGGACAAGCGGACAACCUCUGGCACAGGCUCUUUGGACAAGCGGACAACAGCUGGCACAGACUCUGUGGACAGGUGGACAACAGCUGGCACAGGCUCUGUGGACAAGCGGACAACAGCUGGCACAGGCUCUGUGGACAGGUGGACAACCACUGGCACAGGCUCUGUGGACAGGCGGACAACCGCUGGCACAGGCUCUGUGGACAAGCGGACAACCGCUGGCACAGGCUCUUUGGACAAGCGGACAACCGCUGGCACAGGCUCUUUGGACAAGCGGACAACCACUGGCACAGGCUCUUUGGACAAGCGGACAACCGCUGGCACAGGCUCUGUGGACAAGCGGACAACAGCUGGCACAGGCUCUGUGGACAAGCGGACAACAGCUGCAACAGGCUCAGUGGACAAGCAGACAGCGACGCAGAACAUGGGAGGGACAGCAGAAAGUGACUGUGCUUCACCGGCAGCGAGUACAAACGUGAAGACUGUCAGUAAUGGUGAAAACUCUCUUGUUGCAUCUGUGCCAUCAGCUGAAGACACAAAAGACGCUGAUGAAAAAUACAAAGAAACAUUUUCUGCCCUCAUGGGGGCAGAUGACAGUGUGGCACUUCAGUUCUUAAGUCAUAGCACGCCCGUGCGCCCCCAGGGUCAGACUGGAGCUGCUCGAUUGGGACAGUCGGUCACGAGACCCCUUCAGAGCACGCUGGACAUCAGGGUAUCCGGUGCAGGAAACCUACAUCAUCGAAGUCUUGGGAAGGAUAUUGCGAAAAAUACAAAUAAGUUGGAAAGCUUAGAGAAAGGGACACCCACAAAAUGUGCUGCAGAACACAAGUGGACCCCAUGGUGUGGCCCGCCUCAGUGCAAGAGCCUGGCUGCGUCCAUCCUGAAAACCAGGACGCCCAGCUUUCAAGUUCAACAAAAGCCCCAAAGUUCUCUUCUCGUAAACAAAAGGGAAAGGUCACAGGAACGCACACUCCCUCCCCAGGAGGAAGCUGCAGACCAGAGCGCAGGCGCAGAGAGAGACCCCGUCAGAGCAGAGAGCAGCCAGGUGACGGUGGCCGUGCGCGUGAGGCCGUUCAGCCAGAGAGAGAAGGAUGAGAACGCGACCCAAGCAGUCUUCCUGAACGGGGAAGAAAUAGCAGUGAGACAUCCUGACCUCAGACACGUGUACAGUUUUGUGUAUGACGUUUCGUUCUGGUCCUUUGACGAGAGUCACCCUCACUACGCCAGCCAGGCCACGGUGUAUGAGACCCUGGCGGCCCCUCUCGUCGCGCGGGCCUUGGAAGGCUACAAUACCUGCCUCUUUGCUUACGGGCAGACGGGCUCUGGGAAGUCAUACACGAUGAUGGGCUUUGGUGAAGAACCAGGAAUAAUUCCAAGAUUCUGCGAAGAUCUUUUUGCGCAAGUAGCCAAAAAACAAACCCAGGAGGUUAGAUAUCACCUUGAGAUGAGCUUCUUUGAAGUAUAUAAUGAAAAAAUCCAUGACCUUCUGGUUGGUAAAGGUGAACGUGGACAGGGAAAGCAACCGCUGAGGGUCCGGGAGCACCCCGUUUCGGGGCCCUACGUCGAGGCUCUGGCCGUGAACGCUGUCGGCUCUUACUCUGACGUCCAGGGCUGGCUGCAGCUGGGGAGCAAGCAGAGGGCCACCGCCGCCACCUGCAUGAAUGACCAGAGCUCCCGGUCCCACUCGGUGCUCACCCUGCUGAUGACCCGCACCCAGAGAGAGUCCGUGGCUGGCGAGGAGCACGGUCACAGGGUGACCAGCCGCAUCAACCUGGUGGACCUGGCGGGCAGUGAGCGCUGCGGCCCGGCCGGGAGCAGCGGCCAGCAGCUGCGGGAAGGCGUGAGCAUCAACAAGUCCUUGCUCACCCUGGGCAAGGUCAUAUCGGCGCUCGCGGAACUCGGCAGCCGAAGGAGAGUGUUCAUCCCGUAUCGCGAGUCGGUUCUCACGUGGCUGUUAAAAGAGAGCCUGGGCGGCAACUCGAAGACGGCCAUGAUUGCCACGGUGAGCCCGGCCGCCAGCAGCGCGGAGGAGACCCUGAGCACCCUCCGCUACGCCCGCCAGGCCCGCAGCAUCGUCAACGUGGCCCGGGUGAACGAGGACGCCAGCGCCCAGCUCAUCAGAGACUUGAAAGCAGAAAUCGAGAAGCUCAAAGCUGCUCAAAGGAGCCAUCAGAAUGUCGACCCCGAACGGUACCGGCUCUGUCGGCAGGAGAUCACAUCCUUACGGAUGAAGCUGCACCAGCAGGAGCGAGACAUGGCGGAAAUGCAGAGAGUGUGGAAAGAAAAAUUUGAACAAGCCGAAAAAAGAAAACAUCAUGAAAUAAAGGAGUUGCAGAAAGCUGGGAUUGCCUUCCAGAUGGACAACUGUCUGCCCAACCUCGUCAACCUGAGCGAAGACCCCCAGCUGUCGGAGACGCUGCUGUACGUGCUCAAGGAAGGGGCCACCACGGUCGGCAGAUGCGGCCCCUCCUGCAGCCCCGACAUCCGCUUGUCUGGGGUGCUGGUGGCCGACCACCACUGCACGAUCAGAAACGUCGAUGGGACCGUGAGCAUCAUCCCCGUGGGGGGAGCAAAGACAUACGUGAACGGAAGACACGUGCUGGAGCCCACAGUGUUGCACCACGGUGACCGUGUGGUUCUUGGUGGAGACCAUUAUUUUAGAUUCAACCAUCCAGCAGAAAUCCAGAAAGGGAGAAGACCGUCCGGGGGAGACACCCUCACGAGCGAGGGGCCCAGGGACUUUGAAUUUGCGAAGAGCGAGUUGCUGGUGGCUCAGAGAUCUCAGCUGGAAGCGGAGAUCCGAGAGGCACAGCUGAGGGCGAAGCAGGAGAUGCUGCAGAGCGUCCAGAUCGCGCAGGAAGUGGCCGAGCGCGAGCUGUCCUCGCAGAGAGCCGCCUACGAAGGCAGGAUAGAGGCCCUGGAGGCGGAGCUGAAAGAAGAGUCUCAGAGGAAGAAAGCUCAGGAGAUGAGCACCCAGAGAGCUUGCCGCAGAGUCGAGGAGCUGGAAGAGGCCAAGCGGCGCCUGGAGCAGGAAGUCCGCGGCGCCCGGAGGCGGCUGCAGGUGGAGAGCCUGGCGGCCCAGCAGGCUCUGGAAGACCACAGCAUCCGCCACACGAGGAUUCUGGAAGCUUUAGAAGCUGAGAAGCAAAAAAUCGCUCAAGAAGUCCAAACGCUGCAGCAAAGCCAGAGCCGUCGGGGGAAAGCUGCCCCCCUCCCCACGAGCUGGGGCUCCAUGAAGCUGUCCCUGAUGAUCCAGGAAGCCAACGCCGUGAGCGGCCGGUUUCAGAGACAGUAUGUUUUUGGCAGACACGAGACGUCAGACGGAGGAGGAGGCUCUGGCCCUCGGGUCCGGGUGCGCAACCUCCAGCUCGGCGUGUCCACCCUCUGGAGCCUGGAGAAGUUCGCGUCCAAGCUCGCGGCCCUGAAGGAGCUUUACGAGAGUAACUGCAGUAACAAGUGUGAGGACCUCUUCUGUGACCCCGAGGAUGAGUGGGAGCCUGACGUCACAGACACGCCCAUCUCGUCUCUUUCCAGGAGGAGGAGCAGGAGUCUGGUGAGGAGCCGAAGAAUUUCUGGCUAUUUGCACGACGUCCAAGCUCACACAGCUCGGAACCCACAUUCUUCGUGCUCGUCAGAGUCGUCUCUCCCUGGGAUUUGCAAAGACUUGAUCGGCUCGUCGUUAGCUGCUCUGGGACCGAGCCGGGAAGAGAAGACGAUGGCAGACAGCCUGAUGCGCAGUUUCCUGCAAGUCCACAGCGGGCUGCUGGCCGUCUCCCAGGCCCACGAGGAGCAGGACGAGGAAGAUCAGGACGACCUGUUCUCUUCUGACCGCGCAGCCCAGGCGCGGGCUGUGCAGAUGGCGUGUGCCUUCGGGCAGCUCACGGCGCUCGUCACGCACUGGCUGGGCGAUGCCCCCCCCAGCGCCCGCUCGGCACAGCUUGGGGACGAGCUGAGACAGGAGGUGAAGAAGCUGGGCAGCCACUUACAGGUGUUUCUGCAGGGGUGCUCCUCCGAGAUUCCGUCGAUGGUAAGUGACGCUCAAAAGAAAGUUGUCCAGGUCGUGCGACAAGCUGUGAUGUGUGUGGGACAGUUGGCGGUUCUGAACGGGACUAGACUUCAUCUUCUGGAAAGUGGCGACAUGGAUGCCGGCGUCCAGGAGGGGAUCAUGGCUGCCGUCUGGGACGGAGUGGGCUCGGGCCUGCGGAUGCUGCUUGAGUCCGGACUGGAGACGGCGCGGGCGCUUCGGCACGAGCUCUUGAGGCAGUGCCCCCAGGACCAGGUCGCCCAGCAGCUGAGCGCUAAGGCCGCGGCCUUGAUCGGGUGUCUGGAAAGCAUCUUUGCCGAAUGGAAAACAGAAAGUCCCGGGCCUCGGGGACAGCCCUCUGGGGGCGGAGAUCUGAAGAGCGCGGCCGACCGCGCCCCAGACAUCCUGGAGUUACAGCGCUGCUUAGAGCAAACUGUUCAGAUGGUCGUUUCCAUCCUGAGAGGACACCGCGGCGACGGAAGCCUCCUCAGGAGCUGUGUGGAGCGUGUCUGCAGCUUAGCCAGGGGCAUCCAGGUUGGCAGCGGGGUGCACGCGGCCUCUGCCGGCGGCUGUGACCAGAGCCCCGGGGACCUGGCAUCCAUCGCCAAGUCCCUCCUCCUCUGUUUCGAGUCUGAAGAUGGACCCGACUUGUUGAAACCCUGGGAGACGUACAAUCAAAGUAGCAGAGAAGGGCCCGGGCCGCCCGGAGCGAGCGGGACGGGCCCCCGCGGGAGCAGAGGCGUUCCCCAGCGCGUCUACCAGCUGCCUUCUCGGCCCCCGCGCGGCUCACAGGAGCGCACGCCCAGCAGGACCCGGUGGGUGUAG